AGUUGAAAUCUGCACACAGUUCGAAAAAGACGUUCCUGGGCGUAAUAUAAAAAUUUGGCAUAAGAGACGCAUUUUAAGCCAAACAAUGACCCAAUUUCACUUGACUUGGGCAGUUUUUGUACUGUUUCUGGUAUUGAGUUCCCGUCGUGCGUCUUGCGCAGCACAGGACAGGCCCCAGGGAAUAGAGGAACUUGGUAAUGCCCAGUUUGUACCCGCUGCUGAUUUACAGAAUGGUUAUUUCUUUCAGAAGGUCCGUGAUUUACUGCGCUCAGUGGUCGAUCAUGCCGGAGCAGGGAACGCCCCAACAUUGGCCAUGACCAGACUGCGGCAAGAUGGCCUUAAACUGCUGCAGGACCUUGGACUGUGGGACCCGCAGGAACCAGGCCAGAUCGACUUGGAGGAGAUGGCGGAGGCAGUAGGCAAGGAGCUGCGGCAGUUUGUCGGUAUCCAGGCCUGGAGGAAUGUGUCUGCCAAUUGCCUCAACAACACACUGCAGUUCUUUGAAGAUGCGAGUAAUGGUCUUCCAUACGCCCGUCAAAUGAUAAGCUCCGACGGCGAAUUAAUUAGCGAGGAUGUACUUUAUGACUGGAAUAUCGUGAAACUUGGUAAUGUGGAGAUGUGUCAGUCGGUCAAGGAGUGGAAUCCAGACGCCCCGUACGAGACGCAGUACUGCGACCUCGCUUAUCCCGUCGAUCCGGACAAUUACGCUGUGAUUGGACUAUGCUUUCCAGCUAAUUGCUCAGUAGAUGAUCUCCAACAUCUCUUUCAACCUGUUCCAUUUAUUGGACCGUACAUAGGUGUAUCCUGCGUGGGGCCCUACCCAUGGGAACCAUGGGCAGUUGUCACAGUAUGUAUAUUGUGCGUUUUCCUGUUGCUGGUAACUAUGGGAACGGUUUAUCACGUCAUGAUUCGUCAAAGAAUCCAGGCCAAUUUGGCCAAAGUAGCGGUUAGUGUGGAGAAGAGGGUCGAUGGACAAUCGGACGAGAAUUCUCUUCAAAAGGCUGACAUUGAACUGCAGUUUGGCAGCCAUGGAACGGCAAGUGUUUUUGUGAAGAAAGACCUGGAAGCUAAUGGCCAUACAUCCCACCACAACAAUGGGUUCGUGGACGUUGAGGGCGAUGUUGCAGACUCAAAGGAGAUCAACUCUUGCUCCAAGGAGGUUCGAUCACGGGAUGAGAAAGCUGCGAAGCAAAAUGUGAAGGCCUUUGGUCUUCUAGACAAUAUCAUGAUGGGCUUUUCUUCCAUCCACAACGGCUCGAAGAUUUUGAACACAGAACCGACGGCUGGAAAUCUUGGCGCUCUGAAUGGCAUCCGUGUGCUCAGCAUGUGGUGGGUUAUCCUCGGGCACACUUUUUCUUUCAUGAUCGGUUAUUAUGAUGAUCUCCGUUACAUGUUUACUACGCUGACCAAGUCGUUCUUAUUCUCGGCCGUCGUCAACGCCGGCGUUUCCGUCGACACCUUUUUCUUCCUAAGCGGUCUCCUUCUGACGUACCUGACGUUGAAGCAUCUCCAGAAAGCCAACGGUAGACUGAACUGGUUUCUCUUCUAUCUCCAUCGCUUCAUCCGUAUCACUCCGGCCUACAUGGUUUCUAUAGCUAUAUGGGCCAGCCUAGCGAUUCAUUUCGGCCAGGGACCGGGCAAGCACUUUUUGUUCGAAGGGGCUGCCAACGCCUGCCGCAAAUACUGGUGGACCAAUUUGUUGUAUAUCAACAACCUGUAUCCCUUCCCAGGCGAUUUGGAUCUCCAGUGCAUGGGAUGGUCGUGGUAUCUUGCUAACGACAUGCAAUUUUUCGUCAUCAGCCCCGUCAUCAUCUACCUGCUGUACAAAAACGCCAAGUGGGGAAUGGGCUUGAUAAUGACACUAUGCCUUGCGUCAUUUGGCGUCACUGCGUACAUCGCUGCUUAUUACGGGGCAGGAGUUGGUCUCUUCCCUGCUUACAACAACAACACUGUUGUUGUGUACGGUAGCGCUUCAGUGGACAUCAUAUACGGCAAGCCAUAUUGCCGGAUACCAGCCUAUUUGGUCGGCAUCGUGUUUGGAUACAUCUUCUACAAGGUGCAAGGGAAACCGUUUAAAAUGAGCAAGGGUCUCAACCUUGUCAUGUGGUUUUUGUCUACGGCUGUUGCCAUGUCAGUCGUGUACGGAAUUUACAGAAAUGAAUUGGUAGGGACAUUUCCGCUGUAUGCUGCAGUGCUGUAUAAUGUGUUUGCGCGACCCGCAUUUGUAAUGGCCGUCGGAUGGGUGGCGUUCUCCUGUCUAGUGGGUUAUGGAGGUCCCGUCAAUGCUAUCCUCAGCUGGGGCUUCUGGACACCGUUGAGUCGCAUCACCUUCGGUGCUUAUCUUCUACAUCCCAUCAUUAUGUACACCAUCUACACGAGUGCCAAGGCUCUGUAUCACUUCACCUACAUGCAAUGGGUAAUCAUGUUCCUCGCCAAUGUGGUGCUUGCCUACGCGGCGGCCUUCGUACUGUCCAUCGGCGUGGAAGGCCCGGUCAUGGGGCUAGAGAAAGCUCUACUCGGCGGAGGGGCGAGAGGCAAGAAGAAUUAACACACGGAGCGCGGACAGCACAUCAUUUAGAAAUAGUAAAUUGCACGUUGAUUAAAAUCAUUCUGAAUGGAGUAGAUAGGGCACACGUAUAGUACUUACGGAAAACCUUUAAUGUUUUCUCGAAUCAGAUCAGUAAGAAAGCAAGAAAAUUGAUAAAAAAAAACCAAAUUACUCUUACGGUUAAUGAAGUGCAUAUUUUAAGCAACGUAUUUUGUGCUACUUUCCAAUCUUCUUAAGUGUAGGUCAACUAAUGGUAUCCUUUUUUGUUAAUUUUACUCGGAAAUGCACUUCUGUAAACAUUUAAAAAUUG